UGAACAGUCCCGAAAAAACGUUUGAAUUACGUCAAACAAGAAACGUUUGGUGCGUUGUUCAUUCAUUGUGCGCGGAAGAUCCUUCACAGCUAAUUUUUAGCUACACCACACACCCAAACUAAUUAGCAUACCAAACAAACAACAAAUUAAGCAGAAAAACUUAAUAAAUAAUUAACAAGAUGAAAUCUCAAAUUGUUUUUAUAUCUGUUGUUUGUGUAUCUUUUUUACUGGCGCUUGUUUGGGCAGCUCCCAUAGCUGAGGAAGACGUGCAGAUUCUCAAGUAUGAUAACGAUAACAUUGGUGUUGAUGGUUACAAUUUCGCUUUCGAAACAAGCGACGGUGUCUCACGUAAAGAAACUGCCACCUUGAAAAACGCUGGUACUGAAAAUGAGGCUAUUUCCGUGCAAGGCUCAGUCAGUUGGGUCAGUCCAGAUGGCACACACUAUACACUUAAUUAUUUGGCUGAUGAGAAUGGCUUCCAACCGGAAGGUGAUCAUUUGCCAGUGGCACCAGAAGCUUAAGUUUUAUUAAGGCUUCUUUGCAGCAAGUUGAAAUGUGUGUAAAUUUGUGAUUUUAGUAAUUUUUUUAUU